UGACAUCCUAUGUCAUGUCAUUACUACUACUACUACUACUAUUGUUUAGGUCCGGUCCAGAAGAAACUCAUGCCUGGUCGUCCACGUAAUUAAGUGUUGGUUAUUUUCUUUAUUUUGGAUUUAAAAACAACGUCCAAGAUGAAUAUCAGAUGUGCAAAGCCUGAAGACUUGAUGCACAUGCAGCACUGCAAUCUUCUAUGCUUGCCAGAAAACUACCAGAUGAAAUACUAUUUAUACCAUGGGCUCUCUUGGCCCCAACUCUCAUAUGUGGCUGAAGAUGACAUGGGCCAGAUAGUUGGGUAUGUGCUGGCUAAAAUGGAGGAAGAAAGUGAAGAGGAUCCCCAUGGCCACAUCACAUCUCUUGCUGUCCGAAGAAGUCACAGGCGCUUAGGAUUGGCCCAGAAACUCAUGGAUCAGACGGCAAGAGCUAUGGUUGAAUGCUUUAAUGCAAAAUAUGUUUCUCUUCAUGUAAGGAAAUCAAAUAGAGCUGCUCUAAAUCUUUACACAAAUACAUUGAAAUUCACGAUAUCAGAAAUUGAACCAAAAUACUAUGCUGAUGGUGAAGAUGCCUUUGCCAUGAAGAGGGAUUUAUGUUCGUUUGCUCUUCAGAAUGAUGUCACUCCAGCAGAUCCAAAUUCAUUCUUUGACAAUAAGAAGAAUGAAGACAAGUAAUUUUGAGCUCUGAGUUAAUUUAGAGUUAUUUUAACCUUUAGCAGUUCUACAUCCUUCCACGUGGAAUGUGAAACGUUAUUUGAAAUGUUAACACCACCCAUUGUUUUCAUACGAAGGGUUGGUACUUCAUAAAAAAAGUUAGCUGAAAAUUGAUGAGAGUUGACAUACAUUCAUUGCAAGGUGCUGCUGUGAUUACCAGCCCUUGCUAUUUAACUAGUUGUUCAUUGCUAAUGUACUUUUAGUCCUCUGUAAUAUUUUUGCUGUGAAACUGAUCAAAAUUAAUUGUUAAAUUACUGUAGAUAUUGCUGUUAGAGAAAAGGAAGAGGUCCGAGAGAGGUACAUACUGUGUUCAUUACAUUUGCUUUUAUGCCUGUAUGUUUCUGAUAAAUGAAGAAUACUGCAUCUAACUUCUAUUUUCCCACUUUGUAUCUGCAAGAGUAUUUUUAUGGCACU